AUGAAUGGCUUCUUGAGGCUGAGCCAAUUCGUUACACCAACUAUGGGUGGAGAUUUGAGCAUCAGAAGAUUGGCGUUUACGGCUUUGUUGGGUUUGUUACUGUUAUUGCUUCAUCCAAAGGAAACUUCUGCAUCAACUUCCUUUGUAGGGUCAAGCAUUUGUCAGUCUGAUCACUUAGCCUACACAAAGCCUUCUCAUCAGCAAGGGACUUUGUUCACGAUUAAUGGAAAUCCGGUGGACAGAGUCCGGUUUUGUGAAGCCAUACGGUUUCACAAAGCCAAUGGUUGUAUUCUUGGAGAUUCUUUCAGAGAAAACUUCUGCACAGUUCACUAUCUACUAGGGAGAAGGUUUUUGGAAGAGAAAUCUGUAGAUGAUUCCAGAGAGAAGGAUACAGAAUCUGAAUAUAGUCAUGUUGAAGUCAGCUUGGCAGCGAGCGGGUUUCUUCUGUUUUGUUGCGCGGUGUGUUGUCCUUGCUUCCAUAAGGAGAGGAAAGCUAAUAGUCACGAAGUCCUACCAAAAGAAUCUAACUCAGUGCACCAAGUUUCGUCUUUUGAAAUGAGCGCUUCUUGUGAUAAGAUGCCACCAAGUCCAUUCCGGGCACCACCGAGCCCGUCACGGGUACCGCAAAGCCCGUCUAGAUACGCUAUGUCCCCGAGGCCUAGCAGGAUGGGACCGUUGAAUCUGAGUAUGAGUCAGAUUUCUGCAGCAACCAACAAUUUCUCAGACAUUAAUCAAAUUGGUGAAGGAGGCUUUGGGAUUGUCUAUAAAGGCAUUCUUGAGGACGGCCAAGUUGUUGCCAUCAAACGAGCCAAAAAGGAACACUUUGAGAAUCUACGGAAGGAGUUCAAGAGUGAAGUUGAUCUUUUGUCUAAAAUCGGCCAUCGGAAUCUAGUAAAGCUUCUUGGUUAUGUUGAUAAAGGAGACGAACGACUUAUCAUAACCGAGUAUGUCAGAAACGGUACACUCAGGGAUCAUUUAGAUGGUACUCGUGGAAGCAUACUCAAUUUCAAUCAAAGAUUGGAGAUUGUGAUCGAUGUCUGCCAUGGACUAACCUAUCUCCAUUCUUAUGCAGAGAGACAGAUAAUACACCGUGACAUCAAAUCUUCCAACAUUCUCCUAACGGAUAGCAUGAGAGCCAAAGUUGCAGACUUUGGUUUUGCGAGAGGUGGUCCAGCUGAUGCUAACCAGACCCACAUUUUGACUCAAGUGAAAGGAACAGUUGGUUAUUUAGAUCCCGAGUACAUGAGGACGUAUCAACUCACUGCUAAAAGCGAUGUUUACUCGUUUGGGAUCUUGCUUGUGGAGAUACUCACUGGACGUCGUCCAGUGGAGGCUAAACGGCAUCAUGAUGAGAAGAUCACGGUUCGAUGGGCGUUUGACAAGUACAAUGAAGGGAAAGUGUUGGAGCUGGUGGAUCCAAACGCAGCGAGGGAGCGAAUAGACGAGAAGAUACUAAAGAAAAUGUUCAGUUUGGCGUUUCAGUGUGCUGCUCCGUCGAGAAAAGAGCGGCCGGACAUGGAAGCUGUUGGGAAGCAGCUUUGGGCUAUAAGAUCAAGUUACCUUAGACGGUCCAUGGAAUAA